GAGGCCUUCAGGCCUUGAUUCCUUCUCUCUCUGUCUCUCUCUCUCCCUCUCUCUCUGUAACAACGAUCGUUCUACCAGAGAUUCUGACCUUCCAUUUCCAUUAUUACUUUGGGACCGUCAAGUAAGUAUUCUCACUCCUCUCUCUCAUCAUAUUCUUCUCAAUUUCUGUUCAAUUAUCCUCAAUUCACAGUUUCAAUCUCACACCAGAGAUCCAUCUUCACAACACAACCUUGUAAGAAAAUCCCAGAAAACAGGAACAAAACCCUAGAUCCAACCAAAACCUAGAUCAAACUCGAAACCCUAACCCUUGAUCCAGCAAAACCCAAGGGUUAGCGAUGUCCUGUUUAGCUCUCUCUCUCCAACCCACCAAUGGAUCCGACAUUCUGCUCCAAACCCGUGAAUGGUUCCCUCCAGCCCGAGCCCUCGUCGCCCUCUCCGCUUUCCGCCACACCCGUAUGGCUUUUGCCACCGGGAAACACCAAUCAGCCGAGGACGGUGACACCUCCCUUGGCGAUGACCCACUCGCCGCCUCCAGCGGCCAGUUGAUCGUGGGCGUCGAGAGCCGCUAUCGUGUCGUAUACCGGUUGGUCAAUUCCAUAUAUGUAUUGGGAAUCACCACAGCGGAUCAAGAUGAUAGUAUGAACAAUGUGUUUGAAUGUAUAAGCAUAGUGAACCAGGCAGUUAGCGUGGUCGUUACUGCAUGUCGUGGAGUUGACGUGACGCCGGAAAAGCUUAGUAGGAAAUAUGCGGAGGUAUAUUUGGCGUUGGAUAUAGUUCUGAGAGGCGUUAGUAACAUUAGGCUGGCAGCAAUGCUUGCUACAAUGCACGGCGAUAGUAUUGCCAAGAUGGUGCAUUCGGCAUUUGAUAUGGAGAAUAAGGUUAGGGGAGCUGAUAGUUGGAGCAUUGUGGAAAUGCAAGCAGCGGAGCAACAGGCGGGAGUGGAGUCAUUUUCUAACGCUAGCUUUGAAUUACCGCCGGAGACGUUGGAGGCAGGCGAUGAGGUGGCGGUGGCGCUCGCUCCAAAUGUUAGUAGCACAUUAAGUGAACAACAGGAUAAGGAGGUGAAGUCUGAGGAGGGGGAGGGGGAGAAAGACCCAUUUGCAGCCAGCAAUGCUCUUGGAAAGCCUGAGGAGCUUUUGGGUGGAUUUAAGAAAGAUAAGGGUCAAUCGGGUACUGAUUUGACCCUGGCAUUGGCUGGUCUUGAGGUUACUUCACUACCGCCUCCGGCGGCAACAGAAUCUACCCACAUUGGUGUUGAGGGUUUUGAAGGGGAAUACGGUGGUAUAGAAUUUAGCAAUGAUGGGUCGACAUUGGCUGAAGAUUUUGAAGGGAUGAAUCAAGCUUGGGGUGGUGGGUUGGAUGCUUCAGAAUUUGUGGGUCCCAAGAAAGUUCCCAAGUCCCAGGGACUUGGUGGGCUUGAAUUGUUGCAAACUGGGAGUGAUGCACCACCAACCGUGCCAGCUGGAGGUGCCACUCCUCUUGAAAACCUUUUGGUGAAGAAAACUGAAAUGAAAGGUCCUGAGAUGUACAUUUCAGAAGAGAUUAGUGCAGAGUUCAGGGAAUCGUUGCUCACUAGAGUUGGCUUAAUGGGUGUAGUCUAUUUAAGAACGCUGCCCCCAAAAUCUUCUGGUGAUAAAGAAACUGAGUUUUCUUUUAAGAUUGAGGGCACAAGUGGGGUUAAGAGAGUGGUUAUGCAAAGCUCUCGCGUUAGUAGCCUGGGAAAUGGGAUGUUUCAUGUUAGGACUGCUCCCUCAGAGAAACCUAUACCCAUAUUGAAGUAUAGUUUUCUACCCCGUUUGACUCCACUGCCUUUGAGAGUUCGUCUCAUUAAACGGCAUAGUGGAACUUUACUUUCAGUGAUGGUGCAGUAUGUCUCGAACCCUGAUUUGCCGGCACCCUUGACUGAUGUAACAUUUGUUGUGAAACUGCCGGUGGAUCCAACUUUAUUGAAGGUUUCACCGAAAGCUGUACUGAACCGGUCUGAGAGAGAACUGAAAUGGCACAUUGAAGAAAUUCCUCUGAAGGGUUCCCCUGGAAGGCUGAGGGCACGGAUGCCUGUAGACUCGAGUGAAGAAGAUGGUGGAGAAGAAAUUGAAGUUGUUGGUUAUGUGAAGUUUUCCAUCCAAGGAACUCAAUCGUUUUCUGGGAUUUCUCUAUGGCCUGCUUCGGAGGGUAAGACAGACUUUUAUCAGAUUAACCACAGGUAUGAGAGUGGGGUUUAUACGUGCAAUUGAAAACUUGAAGUGCUUUCUGUUGAGUUUCUUUCUUUUUCUGGUUGUUUGUUGGAUGAGUGUGGUUUGGAGUUGUCUGUAGUAUUCUUUGAACUGUACCCUGGAACUUUGCCUUCACUGUGAUGUGAAAGUUUUGUAAUUUUCAGUUACCACUUACCAGCCAAUGGCUUUGCAAUAGAUGGUAAAUUUUGCUUUAUA